UCGGCACAGAGGUCGUUCCGGAACCGUGGUCGACGGGCAACGCGCGACCCCGCAGGGAUGGGCGAGGAAUAGGUUUGUGAAUCCUUCACAGGACAGAUGACUGUUGCAGUCAACGAUAGUGACGCGUGUGGACUCGAAGCAGGACAUCGACGUUUACAGGUAAACGUGAAGCGCUGGAGCCGCCGUCCACCACCUUCCUCUCGACCACGUACCUCUGUGUCCAAUCCAUACUGCGAGUACACACGACGCUACAAUAGAUCUACAGGAGGAUUACAGAAUGAUUUGGUGACACUCAUUGCAGGAAUAAUUGCAGACAAGCGAAACGUCCGAGUUGUCCUCACUCAUCCUCGAUGGGUCAUACAAGGGCCGUCCUGCCGUCCGACCUGCCUCCAACUCCCCUCGCUUCCCAUACCGCCGCCGCUGAGCAGCAGCGGCGGUAGUCCAGUCGGUCGCUGCAGGACGAGUCGUCCACGAUUGUGCGUGCGUGGCGAUGACUGCUAUACAUAUGCAUGGCACGUAUCACCCUCGCGCAUAGGCCAUCUAACUGGUGCUUUGAGGCCUGCUCCCCCGUCGACCUACCCUUUCACCCUACCUCACGCGGCUGCUACGAACCGAUUCGCAGUGGUAUCCGGCGAGUACAAGACUUUCGAAGCGGACUCGCACGCUCUAGGCACCAGCAGUGUCGGCCACCGGUUCAUGCCAGUGUUGGGUAAUCUGUGCGCUAGCGUCCGAUACGCUACCCCGCCUGCAGCCCUUCGUCUACAACCAGAUGUGGGAAAUGAUAUGACCGUCCGCCUGUGCAGGGAGAUAUUUGCGUCGAGAAACGAAUGUUCACUUGACAUAGGCUGGUAAGGAACCUCGCGCUCGGCCAGUGGUCCCCAACGACCCCGCUACCGGCAUCCGCACGGCCUGUCCUUCCUCCCCGAGCGCCCUUCCGCGCUUUCAGGCUGCGUCUCUUACAUCUGAAGGCCCUUUCCUCUAGCCUGGUGACUCGGUUUCAAAUCU